UUUUUUUGCUACCACAGCUCCAAGCAGAGCUGGAAAGCAGGUACAACAGGCGCAGCUCCAGGGAGUGGCGUGGGAGGGACGCUGAAGAGGAGGAGCGUGAGGAAACCAGGCUGCCACUGCUUUACCAUUGCUUCAUCCUCAGCCCUCCUGGCACAGACUUAUCUCCUCUGUCACAAGAUCUCCUCCAUCAGCAGCUACCAAACCUCUUAGAUGAGACCAGUUCCUCAGAACCCUUUGUCUGACUUCCUGGAAGAUACAGAAUCUGGAAGAAUCAUCUGAAGAAAAUUGCUUCCCAAAGCAAAGGCACAGGGCAUUGGAAAACCCAAGCAUUCAGCCUCUGGCCACCAUUAACAAACACUGAUCUUCUCCACAGCGGUCAGGGCUGCAGCAACUGCUCCCUGGUCUCUAAGCAGCCUAGAUCUAUGGAGGAGGAGGAAGACAACUUUGUGCUUUUCUUUGGGGCCAACACCAGCAAGUGCAGCCUCGAGACUAACCAAAAAGGAGAACCACCGUGCUGGUCGGGGGCUGCCAAGGGAGGUCCUGAGGUGGUGAUCGUACCAGUGCUUUUUGGUUUGAUUUUUCUCCUGGGAAUGGUGGGGAACACACUGGUGUUUGUUGUUUUGGGUCGUCUCCGGCCUGGGGGACGCCCAUCACGCAGUGCCACCAACAUCUUCAUCCUGAACUUGAGCAUUGCAGACUUUUCCUUUUUACUCUUCUGUGUCCCCUUCCAGGCCACUAUCUACUCCCUGCCAGAAUGGAUCUUUGGUGCCUUCUUUUGCAAGUGGGUUCACUACCUGGCCAUGGCAACAAUGCUGGUCAGCAUCUUUACUCUGGUGGCCAUGUCUGUGGACAGAUACAUCGCUGUGGUUCACGCCAAGCGUUCGUCCAGCAUCCGCAGCAAGCGCAACGCUGCCCUCGGUGUGGGUGUCAUCUGGUUGCUGUCUCUACUCAUUGCCAUCCCUGUGGCCCAGCACCAGGCCCUUAUGAGCGGUCAUCAACAAGCACCCAACAGCUCCUUCUGCUGGGAGAAUUGGGCAGAGGGCUCAACAGCCAAGCAGACGUACAAGGUUAUGAUCCUGCUAGUAGGAUACCUCCUGCCUCUGGUGCUCAUCACCUGCUGCUACGCCAAGGUUUUGUAUCAUCUCCACACAAAAGUAAAGAAUAUUUCUAAGAAGUCAGAAAGAUCAAAGAAGAAGACAGCACAGACAGUGCUUCUUGUGGUUGCUGUGUUCCUGCUCUCCUGGCUGCCGCACCACAUCAUCACAAUGUGGGCAGAGUUUGGGCACUUUCCCCUCAACAACAUCUCCUUCACUUUCCGCAUCAUCUCCCAUUGCUUGGCCUAUGGGAACUCCUGCAUCAACCCCAUCAUUUACGCUUUUCUCUCAGAGAACUUCCGCAAGGCCUGUCAGCAGGCCUUCAACUGCAAGUGCUUCCUGCAGCCAGACCCCACUGAGAAGCUGGUCAGAAUACGCAUGGAGAACUUCUCUACCACACACUCAACCACUAAUGUGUAAGCGGGGCUCAGAAAUACCUUUCAGGAGAAGAGAGAAGGGUGGUGUCUGACAGAACAGCUACACAGGGGCAUUUUAGGUACCUUGCUGCUAGGCACCAUCAGAAGUGUCUGAAUGCCCUUGUGGUUCCCCUAAGAGGAAACAGCUGUAGUUAUGCCCAUAAAGGAUAAGAUGUGUUUAAACAGAAGGUAUAAUUACAGACAGACAUGAAAUGAGCGACUUAACAAUUCUGUGCGUGGGCUGUUAUUAGGAUAUGAGCAAUGAGAGACACGACAUUUACUGAGGGCGCUGAGAAGCAGUUUGGUAAUCUAGCUAAUAUAUCAAUGGAUGUGUCCGUUCCUUAAACAAUCGUAUUACCAUAUGUGAGCUAUGUAUGUUUUUAGCAGUGAUGGAAUCUCUAAAUCUCCUGGAAGUCUUUGCCAUAGUAUUUGCUUACCGUGUUGUGUAACAUGAGGUCUCACUGAUGCAGACAUCUGCGUUUGAUGGCUCUGUAGAGGCUUGCAUUCCCCCAGGUCUCAAUGUCUGCAUACUCCUGGAUGUAAUUACUGCUGUUGAUGACUGGCUCUAAUAACUGCCUAACUAAUAAUUAUGUGAGAUUUCUCAAAAUAUGCUUAAAAGAACUGUUUUUGUUUGAAAGUGAUAUUUACACAAGGCUUUAUUGGUGCAUGCGGUGUUCUCUGAGCAUAUCUACUCAAAGCUUUUUAUUGGACAUGUUCUUACACAAAUGUUAAAAUGCCUUCUUUUCGUUAAAUGUUUAAGUUUAAAGUUAUGAUUUAUGAAUAUAUAAAGUGCGUGUUACUUCAGAUUUAAGAAGCAUAUGGCUGGAAGGCCGUUAUAGUGUCACCAUCUGGUCUGAUGUCAUCGUUGUGUGCUUCAGUCCUGACCGACCCAGCGUUAUUCUGGAUUCACAGACUGUUAAAGAGCUUUUAAAAGUGCAUUAUAGAAGUUUAAUUUGAAGUUUAACUAAGAACCAUAACCACAAUACCCAAAUAUGGUCUCGAUCAUCUUCAGCAUCUUUUGUGACUGCCUUCAAAACGUACAUGCCUAAUUUCUGUGAGACAUACUCCACGCACCAAACACUCAUAUUUUUUAUUAACGUGUACGUUUUACACCUCGACCUCAAGCACACCCACCAGAACCUGCUGUAUCUCUGGUGAACUGACCAGCAGUCACCCCGGGCCGCCAUGGCCGCCCCCUCAGCCGGCGCGGCGCGAGGGCGGGCACGCGGGGCGGCCUCUUCCCGCCACGGCUCUUCAGCGCCGGCGGGAGCCCGCACCCCUCGUGAGGGGACAGCCCGCCCCGCCGCCUCAGGAAAAAAAAACGGCUGUUAUCACCAGUGCCACUUAGUUAGUGAUAGAAACCAAGCCGAUGCAUUAUGAUCGUUGCCAGGUUGUUUUGACUGCGGAUCUCCAGUCAGAAGCUGAUGUUUAUAUGACAUCAUUUAACUUCUUAAGGGCUAUUUUCUCCCCGGAAUCAAACGUUACCUGAGAAGGGGCAGAGUGGUUUAGAACUCAGUCACGUUAUUUAGCUGGGAAUUGUAGGUAGCAGAGCAAAAUACUGCAGCACGUAACUGCAACAGCAGUUGGGAUCCCAAGCAAAAAAAAGAUGAAAAAAAUUCAUCUAAAAGGGCAACUACACAUGAAACUGGGAAAGCCAUUAUCACCAGCUCACUCAGGAGGGAGGACACUUAAAAGACAGUAACUCCACAUUCAUGUAACAUGGGGAAGCACUGCAGCUUUGAAAACUUCCUCCUGUUAAAUCACACAGAAGUUACGUGACACCUGGGAUAGUCAGCCUGAAAGCAGGCAAGCAAAUAUUAGCCUUUUUUUUCCCUUGGAGUUUAAUGAAACUACUUCAUCUAAGAUAAUCAGUGUAUUGAUGUUAAAGCCAUUCACAGGACCUGAUACAACAGAAGAUGUGUUUCAACAAAGAGGAUUUUCUGUAAAUUAUAAUCCUACAGAUUGUCCCCAAAUUUCGUUUUAAGUAUUUACUCCCCAGGAAGCACGCAUCUGCCUGCAGACACAUGAAUUGCAUGAUUUGCCAUGGAAUGAACUUUAGAGUGGCCUACACAACAAACGGGUUGCCCUUUCACUUCAUUCACAAAGUUGAAAGCUUUCUAUUGAAGAAAAUAACUUUACCCUAAGAAUCCUUUAACUGCAACUGAACAGAAUACAGGCUUCAGUAACUAUGUAGGAAAAGGUCAUAGCCUUAUGCUGAAGUGGCUGUUAAAGUUUUCUGUUUCUUUAGCUUUCACUCAUACUAAGACUCCAGAACCUUAUUUGGUUGGAAACCAAAUAAGAUACAGAGACACUGCCGUGUUCUUUCCAGCUAACAGAUUUCUAAAUACUGAGUUUUAGCACAGGCAAAGAGAUGGAUAGUAAAGAAGAAAGAGCCGCUAAAAGGAAGAGCUGCAAUAAGUCCCCCCAACAUAAAUCAGAGUUAAAUUACCUUUUUUUUUUUUUUAGUGAUUAUUUCCCAUGGACGCAAACGAGCAGCUAGAUACAAAAUAACUUCAGCCUCACCUUAAUCCUCUCAGUUUAAGAGAAUAGCAACUUUCUCCGUC